CAAUGCUCUUGGAGAGAUUGCAGAUAUGCCCAAGUUGCUGUCUGUAACCAUUUCAUCUCUUAGAUCAGAUGACAGCGAGUUGGUCUAUUGGGCGUUAGGUUUGCUGCAUGAGCUAAUUAUGAAAGACAUCCAGAGGGAAGCAGCUGUCCGUGUCCCCGGCCUUAUGAGGACUUUGAGUGUUUUACUGUCUAACCAGGAUUCACAAUACCAGAAACUCGUUCUUAGGAUUCUUAGUGUACUUGCACUCAAACAUGUUGAUUUUAAACAUGAACUUUUGGAAUCAGUGGGAAUACUGAAACGACUGCCUGUGUAUUUAGCUUCAGGAGAUGAUGAUGUGUCACAUUGGGCUCUGAUACUAGUCCAUGAUCUGGUCAUGACUGGAGAAGAUGCUAUUGCUCAAAUACUUAAUGUCGCUGAUGUUGUUAAACCCAUUGUUCCAAUGGUGAGAUUGCCAAGAAUGAGAAGAGUGAAGAUAGCAGCAGAGACAUUGGGGUUUCUUUGCUCUAGUGAGAGAUACCAUGGUGUUGUUUUGGAGGCAGGGUUGACAGAUGCAUUGGUUUAUCUUAUGUCUUUGAAUGACUCAGAUCUUCAGUACUGGACUGCAACUUUGCUACUUACUGUUGUCAUGACAUCAGAUAACGCAAAAGAAAAUGCUAUUCACAGCGGUAUAAUUCAAAGACUAAUUGACUUGGUUUUUCAACCAACCAGUAAUUGCCACAUGGAAGCACUAGCUGCUAAAGUCUUGGUCAUGAUAGGACUUCUUGAUAGGUCAAUUACUAUUGCUGUCAGCUCAUCUGGUCUUGGUGGUGAUGCUGCUGCAAAUAUUGUCAUUGAGGGCAUGGAUAUGAGUCCUAAUCAGAAUGGAUUCAACGUUGUCACAAUGAACUCUAACAGUUUGUGUGUUGAACACUGUGAAUCAUUUAGUCCUUUUGAUCAAGAUGAAAAUGAAAGAAUGAGGCAUUUCUUUGAAAGCCUAGAAAAUGAAUCUCUAGUGUUUCUAGCAGUAAAGACUGACAUUGAAAGCACUCUUUCUGGAGAUGCUUUAUGUUUACUCAGUGACUCUUUCUAUGAGUUUCCUGUGCUGUCUUCAGGGGAAUCAUUUGUUGCAGUCGUUACAAAGGGUUUCCACUGUGACUUUCAUCGGAGUGUACAGAAACCUGUGUGCUUGCAGCUGAGCCUUAACAUGGGCAUGUUGGUUAAUGAGCGUGUGCAGCAUCAUGUUGUUGAUAAUAUUUUUGAACGUUUGUUGUGCGAUGAAAACAAGAGCAUGGACUUGGAAGUCUUGAACAUACUUUGUCGUAGCUCUUAUCACAGGAAAUAUGUUUCAGCAUGUGAUGGUUUAUUACCUCUGCUUGCAUCUGGUGUCAGAGAUAUGUUGCUUCACCAUAAUUGGCAGAUGGAUGUGACCAUGAUGGCGAAGGGUGCUACAACCUGUCGUUUACUGUGUACUUUGUCAUAUGAUGAUCAGAUUGCAGCACAAAUGUUAUCAGAUGGCAUUGUCAGUUUAUACUCUCUGUUAUUGGUUGUGUUGUUAACUCAUAUGCAGAAUGUUCAAAGUGGCUCGUUGUCAAUGAGGCAUGUAAUGCCUAUGACUUUGAGUACUUAUCAAAUUUCUACAGAACUGAUUGAGAAAGCUAACAGUUACAAAUGGAACAGGCACAGAGGAUCAGAACCUCUGAUCUCAUCUUUUGCUUAUUGUGAUUCUCAGUCUGCCUUAACUAGUCGCUCAGUACCUCCUGACUUGUCUGGUGAUAUACCUGCGCCAUCUGUACGAAUCAUCAGUCAGGCCUCUACAGUGGGGGAGACAGAAAGACUUCGAACGCAGCAGAGCAUGAUUUCAUUUGAUGAAAACGAUGAAAGUAUAGCUGCCACAGCUGGAUCUGUUACUGGUAGGUGUAGUGAAAUGUCAAACACAAGACAAGAAACAGCUUUUCCUGAAUGUCAGGAUGAUCAAGCGCCUUUUUGUGACCUGAGAACUAGUGCAGUCACCAGUCAAUUAUCAGAUCUGCUUGAAGAUUGUUCUCAAGGUGUUUGCAAUGAAGAUGAGGGUAGCAAUCUUGCUUAUUCAAUCAUGCACUCAUCAUUACUAUCUUUGGCCAAUUGUGCCAAACUAUUUACUCAUUGUAAGUCGGAUUUUAUUACUGCAGGGGGUUUACAUGCUCUUUGGGCAGUUUUGCUAAAUCCUGACAGUUGUGGUGCAGGCCAGAUGGCAGCAGCUCGUGCUAUGUUUGACUUAGCUCAAGCUAAUCUUCAAGGUCAAGAAUUUUCUGAAUGCCUAGAGCUAGUGGAGGCACGUGGUGGUGGUUUAGUUGUAAGUGGAGAUCGAUUUAGAAUAAGGAAUGAAAAUUGGACAUUUGAAAGCAUCACAUCUAAUCACCCUGUGCCAAUUGGACUAGCAUUAUUUGGAGACACUUUUAAUGUCGGCAUUAAUGGCUGGUACUAUGAGGUCACUUUACUGUCGUCUAAGGUAAUUCAAAUUGGUUGGGCAAGUUCAAAAAGUUCUUUUGAUCCUCAGAGAGGGCUAGGUGUUGGAGAUGACAUGCACUCUUAUUCAUUUGAUGGAGCCAGAUGUCGUGCUUGGCACAAGUCUGCUUCUGGUCAUGAGAUAUGCAGAUUUGGUCAUGAGUGGCAGGAAGGUGAUGUAGUUAGCUGUCUGCUGUAUAGUACUGGAGCAAUAUCAUACUGGUUGAAUGGAGAGGAUCUUGGAGUUGCAUUUACAGGUGUUGCACUGGAUGAGGACUGGUUUCCAACUCUGUCUUUGUCUAGCGAGCAAGAGUGUGCUGUGAACUUUGGUGAUUUCGCUUUCAAAUACAAUCCACCAAGUGGAUUCUGUCCAGUGGCUGCUGCAAGCAGGCUACUGAAGCCAGUUGAAGGAAAGAGAAAGCAAUCAUCAGAAGAUCUGGAUUCAAGUUGGCAAAAAGAUGGCAAACAUGUUGAUAGUCCACCAGUUACUCUUUUAUAUUAUGAAGUUCAAUUGACAAGAGUUAUGGAAGAUAUUGUGGAGAUUGGCUACCAAACUAUUGGUGGAGAAACUCUUGCAGUUCAGAUUUGCUCAAGUGGAAUUGACAAAGUAUCAUGCAGUCACGAGAACUUGAUAUCUGGGAAAACUAUUGGUUGUGGCAUUGGUGCUGUUGCAUUCAUGUCUUCAUCUCUUUGUUUGUAUUUGACUCUUGGUGGACAAUGGACUGGUGAAGUUUAUGAAAUAUCUCUGACAUCAUUGAAAGAUCCUGUUCUACCGCACUUUACUUGUGCUCGAUGUUAUGCCAACUUUGGUCAGGAUCCAUUUCUCUAUGAGCCAGCAAAUGAGGCUAAAGCUAAGUUUUCAACUCUUAUGUGUGACUGGACUGAGAGUUUUCACAAAAGCUGCUCAAACAGUGAAAACUAAAACAAUUACCGUUCCUUUAUUUUGUUCUGAAAUCAUUUAUUCCAAAAAUACUGCCACCAGAAUUUUGUGAGACAGCUGGAACAGAUAUACUUAAUUGCUGAGUCUUUUGAUUUCAGUGUAUGCUCUUUAUUUUACCAUUAGUAAUAUGUGAACCUCUGUGGAGUGUCGCUUCAAAUGAAAGCUAAGAGUAGCUUCUAUCUGGAGUAGAGUUGUGAUUGAAACUUUGCUAUCAUCUGCAGACAGCAGAGAUCCAUAA